UGCGUUGUAUGAUACGUGAACCUUGAUGGCCGCUAGAAACAUUGAUAGAAAAAAAAAACAAUUUCACUAUCUUCACUUGUUUAUUAGUGGUUAUACUCUUUGAUGUUAGCAUUUUGUUUGAGAGGGGAUUACACGGACAGUAGAAGUGUAAUCGUUUAAAUUUCGUGGAGAAAUUGAUAUCAAUAAAACUGGAGGUCUUGCAAAAACCGGAGGGCGGCGACAUGUCGGUCGUAGCGCGACGGGACUCCGGUGACUAUUCAGAUUCCCAGGACAUCGAGCGAAACUCGACAAAUGAUGGGCCGGAGUCCGACUACGACUCGGCGGCCAGCGACUCCGAGCACUCGGACCAGGACCCUGAGAGUCAGGAGACAGAGAGGCGAGUAGAUGACGAUGAGGACAGGAGUAACCCUCAGUACAUUCCGAAGCGGGGCACAUUCUAUGAACAUGACGACCGAACUGCAGCUAGCGGUGAGGAGCCAGCCAACACGACGUCGGAGACGUCCUCCGAGAAGAAGGAGGGCUCCCCGCCCGCCGAGCGGCGCCGCGCGCCGCGCAAGUCCGAGGUCAUCGACCGCUGGGCGCACGACAAGUUCAACGAGAACGAGCAGGCGCCGAAGUCGCGCGACGAGCUGGUGGCGAUCUACGGCUACGACAUCCGCCACGAGGACGCGCCGCCGCACGCGCGCCGCAACCGCAGAUACGGGCGCGGGCCCAACAAGUACACGCGCACGUGGGAGGACGAGGAGGCGUACCGGCGCGCGCAGGCGGCGCCGCGCAAGCCGCCCGGCCCCGAGGACUUCCCCGACCUCGACACCGCGCACAAGCACAGCAGUAGAAGGCUCCGCGGGCCUCGUCCGCGCUCCAAGUCGCAGCCCACGUCCAACGAGUCGCUCUCCAACGGCACCGCCGCCGGCGCCGCGCUGCGCCGCCACGCCUCCACCAAGGCCAAGCUCAAGCCCAACGCCAACGCCCGCCCAGACGCCAACGCCAAGCCCAAGGAAACCUUGCCCAAGCUGGAGAACCUCACUAUCACCACCACUGUACUCAAUAACAACAGCCAGCCGACGCGGAAGGUGAACGCCGUGGCGCAGCAGCGGCCCGUGCCCACCGACCAGGGCAAGAAGAAGGCGCCGCCACAGCCGGCGGCGCCGCAGUCCCCGCCGGCGCCGGCGCCGCAGCAGAAGGCGUCCGCUCCCGCGCAGCCCUCGGCAGGCGCGGAGCCACGCGGCAGUAAGCGGUAUAGUAGCCUACGGCAGCGCCCGCUCGCAGAGACGUACUCGCCGCAACAGUCACAAGGACAACAACAACAACAACCCCAACAGCAGCCGCAGAUGCGAUAUCAUCCAGCAGAGUACGCGGGCAGCGCGCCGCCGGCCAGCGGCCAGCACCAGGCCAGCCCGCACCCGCAGCAGCUCAUACACCCGGUGCAUCGGAAUGCCGGGCAGGCGCAGCACGGCCCCGCGCCGCAGCAGCACCCCCAGCAACACUCACAACAGGUCCGGCACGUGGGCAUGGUGGAGCCGCAGCAGCUCAUGCCGCACGCGCACCACAACAUGCACAACCUGCCGCCGCAGCCGCACUCUAUGGCCGCGGCGCCGCUGCCGCCGGCGCCGGCGCCGGGCUACGCGCCGCCCGCCAUGAUGCCCGCGCAGUACAUGCAGCAAGGCGGCAACGGCGCGGUGUUCGGCGGCGCGGCGCUGUACGCGGCGCCGCCGCCGCAGCCCUACCCGCACCAGCUCUACCAGCAUCACAAUUAUGCGACGUCCGCGGGCGGCGUGACGUACUACCGCGGUGGAGCAGGAGCCGCCCGCCGCCGCGCCGCGCGCGCCGCGCCGCCCCACCGCCGCCAUCCCCAUCGUGCCGCCCCAGCCGCCGCCGCAACCACUCCCACACUCACACCCCCAGCGACCCGACAGGUACGCCCCACCGCCGCCAUCCCCAUCGUGCCGCCCCAGCCGCCGCCGCAACCACUCCCACACUCACACCCCCAGCGACCCGACAGGCCCGCGAAUUCGUCUGAAAAGGACAACAUAGACAGGAUCGUAGAGAACAUGUUCGUGCGGAAACCAUGGCCCGGCGCGCAGCCCAGCUUAGAUGGCACAGAAGACCCAGAAAGCCGUAGUCAGAAAGCGAGCGAGGGCCGCAAGGAGUCGUCGCAGCCCGGCAGCCUCACCUCCAGCUCCCUCUCCACCGACUCCAGCAAGCCCGAAGAGCACGCCGCAGACAACAAGCCAGAGGUGAAGGAGACAUCGGAGAGUAUAGACGCCUGACUGGUGCGGGUGAAGCUCUGCGAGUGCUACCAAACAAAAUAUUACAACGGGAGGUAAAUCGGCCGCCGACGGUCAUACUCAGCUUAUCUACUAAGCC